UGUGUCGACUUUAUUAAAUCUACUACUUGGUUGCUCUCACCCUCCUCCCCUCAACAGUUCCUGCACACUCCGUCCUCUUCAGUCCACGUCGAUGCGCAGUAAAAAGCAACUACGCUGAAAAUGCCUCUGGCCAAAGACCUCCUCCAUCCUUCUAUUGACGUUGAGAGAAGGAAGCAUAAAAAGAAAAGACUUGUCCAGAGUCCAAAUUCUUACUUCAUGGACGUGAAAUGUCCAGGCUGCUAUAAAAUCUCCACUAUGUUCAGCCAUGCACAGAGCGUUGUUCUCUGUGUAGGCUGCUCCACCGUGUUGUGUCAACCAAAAGGAGGAAAGGCCAGGCUGACGGAAGGUUGCUCUUUCCGGAGAAAACUACAUUAGAAUGACCCAACUUUUACAGUGUCUGUAAUCCAGGCAUUAUUCUGUGAGAAAAAGAUGUCACUGCUAGGAGAACAAAUAAUCUUUUAAAUCACCAAACAUUUUAAAUAAAGUUACUAAAUGAAGAUGAAAA